GAGGCACAUCAUGGUCCAUGUGAUGUUUUCGUGUUGAAGCAAAGCGAUACAUCCUGUCACGAUACUUUGACUUUUUCAACAGUAUAGAGAGAAGUCUGUGAAACAUCCCUUCUCUACAUUAAGUGGAGUUGAAAAGGUCCGUCGUCACGUCCAAAACUUUACGUUAAGACAGAGGCAGAAGUCAACGUUAUUCGGUGGCUAGAGGGAUCGUUUUUGACAACUACGUAACGUUAGCUACAAGCUAACCAAGCUGUUCUUCUGAGUUUUUCACUUACCGGGAGGGAAUGGAGAAAGCUAAACAAGUUGCAUUCGACAGUGCCAGACUCCAAGUGAUCAAAGAUGGCUAUGAGAGGGCCUUUGAGUGCAUAAAUAAAGGACUGUCUGUAGAUGAAUCCGGGGACAAGACACAUGCCCUGGAGCUCUACAAGCAGGGGAGGAAGCACCUCCUCAGGGCCAUCAGUGUGCCAUCACAGGGAGACGAGUGUUACGGCAGCUCCUGGGAAUCAGCCAGGCAGAUGCAGCAAAAGAUGCAGGAGACGCUGGACAACAUCACCACUCGACUGGCCAUUCUGGAGACCAGCUCUGACCUUGGAUCUGCACCUACACUGAACACUAGCAGUGGAUCUGACCCUGAUGUUGCAGACGCGUCUAAAGAAGGUCUCUAUCCAAAACUUUCUUCCAAAAACAAACCAGAUCCACCAAACCAACUUCCUGCUAGCAGCCAGGCAGCAGGGGCUGUAGGAGGCGUGUCUGCCUGCAGCAGUAAGGGUCUCCCCCUCUCCCCCACCAGACAGCCUGUGGGUCCAGUGGAGAAGCCUCCAGCUUACUCUCCUGAGGUGGCUGAAGGCCACCUGUCUGUCUCAUACAGCACAGAUAAGGGGGAGUUGUCUUUGGUUGGGGAAGAGUUCUACAGUCAUACGUCUAACUCAACACCAUCUCCCCAAAGUAUGGGUGAAGAGGGAGAGGAGCUGAUGUACAUCCCUCAUGGUGUACAGAUAUUCUUUGUCACGCCUGAAGGUGAGGUGAGCGCUCCCUCUUACCCGGGCUACCUGCGGCUGGUGAAGUUUACCGGUGACCAAUCCGACAGAAUGCCCAACCGCCCACCAGCUUUUCUGCAGGUGUGCGACUGGCUGUAUCCUCUCAUGGCCGUGGACUCCCCCGUGUUGCUGUGUAACACUGGUGUGUUUAUGUUUCCGGACAUGAUGGCGCCGGCUCCAGGUUAUUAUGUCGGGGUGGUGCUGUCCGCUGAGCUGUCUGCUGCUCACAGAGAGCUGUUCCAGAACCUACUGUCCCAGAUGACAGAUCUCAGGGUACAGGCUCCAGAAGAAGCUGCAGAGACCAUUAAUCUCAGUCAGAAGGUGUCCAUCGCUACGCCUCAGGAGACUGCAACAGGGGUCACAGAGGAGGAUGAGAACGAGGAGGGGAAGCCUCUGCCUGAGUGGAGUGAAAAGGUGGCAAGCGGGAUCCUGACAGGUGCGUCCUGGCUAAGCUGGGGUCUGGUGAAAGGAGCUGAGUUCACAGGUCAGGCCAUCCACAAAGGGGCAUCUAAACUCCGGGAACACAUCACCCCGGAGGACAGACCCACCAACGUCAGCCCCACAGUCUCCAAAGGCCUCCAUGUGGCCAAGCAAGCGACAGGGGGUGCUGUCAAAGUCAGCCAGUUUCUAGUGGACGGGGUGUGCACCGUCGCUGGCUGUGUGGGGCGGGAGUUGGCUCCACAUGUGAAAAAACAUGGAGGCAAGCUGAUCCCAGAGUCGAUGAAGAAAGACAAGGACGGGCGUUCUAACAUAGAUGGAGCCAUGGUGGUGGCUGCCAGUGGAGUGCAAGGGUUUGCGACAAUGUGGACUGGCUUGGAAGUAGCAGCAAUAAACAUCACUACAAGUGUAGCAUCAGAGACAGUCACCACCGUGAAACACAAGUACGGGGCAGCAGCAGGACAAGCCACAGACAACGCUGUCAAUUCUGCCAUUAAUGUUGGUCGCACUGCCUUCAAUGUUGACAAUCUUGGGAUCAAAGCUAUAGUGAAAAAGACGGGCAAGCAGACGGCGCAUGCCAUUUUGGAAGACUACAAGCGUCCGGAAAAACCAAAUAAUGGGAAGCAAGUGGAGAAAUCGGGCAAAUAGCUGGUAUUACUCUGCCUUAUUAUCUCAGAAAUGCCUUAAACUAUAAUUCUAUCAAAUACAUCUAUAUUUAAUUUUCACUAUUUAUAAAACUUAUUCUAUAUUUAAAAGAUAACUACUGUUAUUUGCAGAUCCUUGAGUUUAAUUCUCUUAAUCACUUUAAUCUGUAUGUAAAAUAAGGUAAAUGGACCUAAAUGAAGAGAACCAGCAGAUUAUAUAACCAAAAUGAAGACAUGGUGAUACGGUAUGUUGAUACACUGUAACAUUUAGGCAUUAUCAAUUCACUUGAAGGAUAUCAUUUUAACUCUGCUCUUUAUACUAAAACAGCAUACUGUAGAAUUUCCUAAUCUUCGUAAAGCGAGUUUUUCCCUUGGGGACUGUAAUUUAUAUAAUUUGAAUAAAGGAUGAAAAUCAAUAUCUGUAUGUAUCUUCAGAUAUAACUGGAUCGGACAAGAAAGUGUGUGUUUUCACUGUGUUGUUUAAAAUGAGAAGUAAUCACUGCCUCUUACUGUGCCUGCAAACAUCUAACUGUAUUUAAAACUGAAGCUGUCUAUACACCAACAUAUAUUUGUGUUCCACCUUCAUUAAAAUGAUGUUGUUUCUUAUGAACUAGGGGUGACUGAAAUGUUAAUGCCUACUGCUAGUCUGACUAGUCUAGGACUAUCAAACCUAAAUGGGUGUUCUGCUACAACAUGAGGUGUGGUCUUCUGUAUAUUGUUUGAUAUAAAAUAAAUCUAUAUUUUAUUUUAAUGGAUGAACUAUUUAACAAGCUGUGAACUUAAGUGUGAUGCUAACUUUGCAAACCAAUUAGUCUUUUUUUAAUGAUCUGGUUUGUGCUCAUUUAAUCCAGCUUUAAAGUCAAAGUUGUUUUCAGAUGGCUUUCAGGUACUCGAGUUGAAAUUGACUGAACAUAAAUAAAAAUGUUGAAAAAACG